GUAAUAACUUAUAUUGGAGACACUUCUGAGUUCACUCGUCGACGGUAAUAAUCAAUAAGGCGUCAACAUUAGUCCGAUGCUCACACAUCUAAUCGAUAAUUGAGCAUGGUCUUCACGAUUGUCACAGAUUUAACAUCGUAACCGAGUUGGGUGUUCACUUCGUGUCCUAGGUAUGUUUUAUUGCCUCCAAAAAAUCAUAUGGUUGCGUUUAAUGAACCCAAGAUUCAUAUGAGGAAAAGGCAUAAACAAGGAGAGAACCACGAAGAGGCAAAGCUCAGGCGCUUUACCAAAAGGAGUUUCGUACGCCUCUCAUACCGAAAUACCCCGCUUUUCCGAGAGAGCGCGCGCGUGUUGGGGGCCGGCCGCCAUUGGUGGAUAGGCGUGGUCUGCUCAGACAGAUCAUUCAUUUCAGCCCCACUCUUUCCCCGCCGCACGGAUUGAUUGACAGUUGGCAGACGACUGCGGACCGCGCAGGAUCUCCGCACGCGCUACGGACAGGUAGGACGAAAAGGACUACACACGACAGCUUUUUCAACGAUCGCAAUAACCCUAGCACGCGGCGGCGAGGGCCUUAUACAGCGAAACACGCGGGGCAUCCGCCUAACGCAGUGUUGAGUGCAGUGACAGUGACCAGUGUAGUGCAAAACGGUGACUAAAAAGUGAUUAUACUCUGGUUUCGGAAAGGGUGCAGUACAUGGCUCAGCCACGGGUGUAAUUAAUAUUAAACUACCGACUAUAAAGACUGAACAAAAUCAUCAUGGACGUUCUCCAGAAAAAUUACGACGAUGGGAUCCAUCCAGGAUACAUGGACGGAGCUACGGCAGGAGCGCUGUACGAACCCCACGUCGCCCACAGGCCUGGAUUACAGGGUCUUCACCAUUCUCCUCAUUUGAACCAUGCGAUGCACCCGUAUCAUGCGAACCAUGUCAAUCCCGCUGCGAACCAUGUCAUGGGCGGUGCAGUACCCGACGUUGGAAAGAGAGACAAGGACGCGAUCUAUGGGCACCCUCUGUUCCCCCUUCUCGCAUUAAUUUUCGAAAAAUGUGAGUUGGCUACUUGUACACCUCGGGAACCUGGUGUAGCAGGUGGGGAUGUAUGUUCCUCAGAAUCCUUCAACGAGGACAUAGCAGUUUUUUCCAAACAAAUACGUCAGGAGAAGCCGUAUUAUAUAGCAGACCCCGAAGUAGACUCAUUAAUGGUACAAGCGAUCCAGGUGCUUCGGUUUCAUCUCUUAGAAUUGGAAAAAGUACACGAACUCUGCGACAACUUCUGCCAUCGGUACAUAAGUUGUCUAAAGGGAAAAAUGCCCAUAGAUUUAGUGAUAGACGAGCGGGAUGGUGGCAAACCCCCUGAGUUGUCAGGAUCCACAAAUGGAGACGGUGGUACCAGAAGUAACGCGGACUCGACCUCUCACACAGAUGGUGCGAGUACGCCGGAUGUCAGACCGCCAUCGUCGUCGCUAUCAUAUGGAGGCCCAGUGAACGACGACGUGAGGUCGCCUGGAACACCAGGACCUCUAUCACAACCUCCAGCCUCUCAACAGAGCUUGGACGCUUCGGACACAGAUGGCAUGGGUAAAUGGUGUCCACGGCGAGAGUGGUCAUCGCCCACGGAUGCCAGAGCAGCGAGUGACGCUGCAAGAAGAGGCGUUCUCUACUCGUCCGUCUUCCUCGGUAGUCCUGGUGAUGCCAGCAACGCGAGUAUCGGAAGCGGCGAAGGUACAGGAGAAGAAGACGACGAUUCGAACGGCAAGAAGAAUCAGAAAAAACGGGGUAUCUUUCCGAAAGUAGCAACAAAUAUAUUGAGGGCGUGGCUAUUUCAGCAUUUGACGCAUCCAUACCCUUCGGAAGAUCAGAAGAAACAGUUAGCUCAAGAUACGGGUCUUACAAUUCUACAGGUUAACAAUUGGUUUAUUAAUGCUAGGCGGAGAAUAGUUCAACCUAUGAUAGACCAAUCGAAUAGGGCAGUCUUUUCACCCCAUGCAGGUCCUAGUGGAGCAUACAGUCCGGACGGCACCAUGGGCUACAUGAUGGAUGGACAACAGAUGAUGCAUCGACCGCCUGGUGAACCCGCCUUCCAUAACCAGUACGCACACUAUCCCGCAGAGUACUAUGGACACCAUCUGUGAGAUUCCCCUUUGCGUGUAACAACGACUAUGGACAUAGAAAUAUGCAACUCUUAAAUGUGAUUAUUCUCUGUACAAAGUGUAAAUGUAGUGCCCCAGUAUUUAGUUUACGGGAAGGACUUGUAAAAAAAGUAUUAGACUUACUCGUGUGCUGACUACUGUACAUAAAUUAGAAAAUGGUGUGAAUUCGUCGUCGCGCAUCACAACGCCUGAUGGAGGGACAAAAACUCAACCGUGUAAAGUGGUCUCGUAGCUUAGGAAUCCUCGAUGUGUUACCCAACAUCCCAAUCUCAUAUCCCGGCCGCCAUCAUUUCUGAAACUCUCGUAAAAUUGUAAUAUCCGAAAAAAAAAAUUUGAUCUUCAUUCAGUUUUUCUGGAAUCAAUUCAUCCAGAUCCCCGUUUCCCCUUUAUCCAUAAACGAUCAGCCUUUCUUCCCUGCCAGUAAAUUGAUUUAAUCACUUCUCCACAAUCAUCACGUUUCUUAAAAAAAAAAAAAAAUCGCGAAAGUAACGGCACGCAUAAAUUAAUCAAAGGUUGUGCUGUUGUAAAUUACUAGUUGUUAUAUUUGUUGUGAUUUUUUUGCUAUUUGAUGAAAAGAGC